CGUGCCAUCGCGUUACAGUCGCCGUGGACCACGAACACGACGGGGUUCUAGUGUUCCACAGUCCACUGCUGCAGUGCCAGCGAGCAGUGAUAAGAGCAAGCAAUCCAAAGAAUAAUUAGACGGGAAAGGUUUGAAGCAAGCCGUAUCCCACACACCUUGAUCCUGACCUCCUAGUCCUGGACAAGCAGCGGGGCUCUUCCUCCUCUUCCAAGUGAGUCGCCGAUCUGCAGGCAGCCUGAUCCGGCGAGGAGGCUCCAUUGCCGACCAGCAUCGACCGUUAGGGACAAAAAAACCCAUGGAAGUCGUGACGGGGGCACUGCCAAGCGUCAUCGAGAAGCUCGCUGGUCUGGCCGCCGGCGAGUACAAUCUGCAGAAGGGGCUGAAGGGGGAGAUCAGGUUUCUCCAAUCGGAGCUCGAGAGUAUGAAGGGUGCCCUUGAGAAGGUCUCUAGCACACCGGGCGACCGGCUUGACAUUCAAGACAAGAUCUGGACUAGGGAUUUGAGGGAGCUGUCCUACGAUAUAGAGGACAGUAUUGACACAUUCAUGGUCCGUGGGCAGGGUAAAGAGCAGGGCAAUCUGCAUGGCAUCAAGAAGUUCAUUGAUAGAAGUGUUGGUUUGUUUAGAAAGGCCAAGAUUCGCCAUGGGAUGGCCACUGAGAUCCGAGACAUCAAGACCCGUGUUGAAGAGAUAGCCAAGCGGCACGGACGGUACAAGAUCAAUAGUGAUGUUGCUAUGCCUGUCAUGAUCGACCCUCGUUUGUUCACUCAGUACACGGAGGCGAAAGAGCUUGUUGGAGUUGAUGAGGCAAGAGAUGAGCUAAUCAAGGCUCUAGAAGAAGAGAAUGAAGUGUCCAUGCAGCAGCAUGGAAAGAUAGUUUCCAUUGUUGGAUUUGGAGGACUGGGAAAGACAACUCUUGCAAAUGCAGUUUAUGAAAAGAUUAGAGCACAAUUCGACUGUUGUGCUUUUGUUUCAGUGUCUCAAACUCCUAACUUGAACAAAUUAUUCAAGGGCUUGCUCUAUGAUUUUGGCAAGAACAUCAAUGAAGAAACAUUAGAGGAGAGUCGGCUCAUCAAAGUACUCAGAGAAUUCCUUCAAGAGAAAAGGUAUUUUGUUGUUAUCGAUGACAUUUGGGAUAUCUCAGUAUGGAAAAUGAUCAGAUGUGCUUUGCCUGAUAAUGAUGUUGGAUACACUAUUAUUACAACUACCCGUAAUUAUGAUGUUGCUGAACAAGCUGGUGGUGCUUACAAGCUGAAACCCCUUUCUUUGAAUAACUCCCGAAAGUUACUGUAUAGAAGAAUAUUUGGUACUGAAAACAAAUACGAUAAUGAAGGCAGAGAAAAAUAUCCUGAUGAGGAGCUGGCCGAAGUAUCUGACAAAAUACUAAAAAAAUGUGCUGGUGUACCCUUAGCGGUUAUUACGAUGGCAAGUCUGCUAGCUUGUAAAGCAAGAAAUAAAAUGGAUUGGUACGAGGUAUACAAUUCCAUUGGUACUGGUCUAGAAAACAAUCUAAAUGUGAAGAAUAUGAGAAAGAUUUUGUCACUUAGCUAUUAUGAGCUGCCAUGCCAUCUAAGGACUUGCUUAUUAUAUUUAAGCAUAUUUCCAGAAGAUUUUGGAAUUGACAAGGAUCGUUUGAUAAGAAUGUGGAUCGCUGAAGGUUUUAUCCAAAGUGAAAAACAGGGGAAGAGUGUAUUUGAACUCGGAGAGAGUUAUUUCAACGUGCUCAUAAAUAGAAGUAUGAUCCAACCGAUACAUAACUCAUCAACUGGCAUGCCACAUAGUUGUCGCGUACAUGAUAUGGUGCUGGAUCUUAUCCGUUCCUUGUCAAGUGAAGAAAACUUUGUUGCUGUACUAAGUGAUAUGGAUAGCACAUCUCCAACAAGUACGAUUCGGAGGUUGUCCCUUCAAAAUGGCAAGAACAGUCAUGUAGUGGCUCAUGCUACUACUAGGAGCUUGUUGCAACAUGCAAGGUCAGUUGUUAUCUUCCCAUCUGCUGCUGCUCAAGCGCCGGCUCUUGGGAGCUGCCGAGUUCUACGUGUACUGGAUUUAUGUGAAUGUGAUCUUUCACAAGCUAAUAGCCUCAAGUACCUUGGGAAUUUAUAUCAGUUGAGGUACUUGGGACUAUAUUGUACGCGUAUUUCUCAGCUCCCGGAAGAAAUAGGAAACCUGCAAUUUCUACAAACGUUGGAUGUUAGGUUCAAUACUAUUUCAUGGUUGCCUUCAGGUGUUGUUCAGCUAACUAAUUUGAUGUUCCUAUACAUCGACCGGUGGACAAGAGUGCCGAAUGGAAUUGGAAACCUAACAUGCCUUGAAAAGCUGUCGGUGUUACGCAUUGAUGGCUCCACCAUAAAUAUUGUACAAGAGUUGGGCCAGCUAGCUGCACUAAGGCGGCUGCAGAUUGAAUUGGAGGAGUGGAAUGACAAGCUGUUGGAGGGCCUACGCAUGCUACAAAAGAUCCAGGAACUAUAUAUCUCAGUCCGCCUUGAACGUAGCAUCGGUGUAUUGGACACUUGGAUCGCCCCUCGACAUAUUCGUGAUUUGGAUACAGCAAGCAGCUGUUGGUUUUCUACACUGCCGGCUUGGGUGAAUCCAUCACUUGUUCGGGAUCUCACCUGCCUAGGUAUCGCUGUGAGGGAGCUGCAUCAAGUCGAUCUCGAAAUCCUCGGGAGGUUGCCAGCUCUCCGCGCUCUGUGGCUGGAGGUGGACAACAAGAACCUGGGAAUCGUUCAAGGAUUCGUUGUUGGUGCUGGUUCGUUCCCGUGCCUUGUAUUCUGUUCCUUCUUGCAAUUUGUAUGGCCAGUGGUGUUUCAACAAGGAGCUAUGCCAAGGCUCAGAGCGCUUCACCUCUGGUCGUUGUUUUACGUGCGGGAGGGAGGAGGAAUUGCCAGCGAGUUGGCCCUGGGGAACCUGCCAUCACUGCAGGAGUUCUUUGCUUCCGUCGAAUGUGAAGGCGCUAGCAAGGAGGAGGCGGAGCAAGCCAAGGCUGCACUGACGCAUGCAGCUGAAAUGCAUCCCAAUCAUCCCAGGCAUGAGAUAGUAUUUGAGUUGAGUGCAAAUUAAAAGCACGAUCAUUUGCAUAGGUUUUACGUUGUGGGUAGCCUGCUGUUUGUUAGUCUAGCAAGGAACAAGAAGUAUUUUGUGUAAUUUGCAGCUUGUGACCUUGAUCGUCAUGUGCUGGUGAGACGUCAGAGCAAAGAUGCCAGUGUGCAUGGUCGCCGUUCUCUUUCCUUGUAAUAAAUAUAGGCCAACUGAUGUAGCAUUUCAUGGCAACUCCGAUGCAUGCUCUGUUUCGGUGUGCAACGAGAGUAUGAGACCA